CCGCGCGCACCUUUUUAACCCCACCGGCGCCUGACGGCGCAACACGGAAGUGAAAUGGCGGCGGCAGCGCCCGGAGACGGGGGAGGUGGCGGGUCCCAGUCCGCCGCUCACCGGAGGCUGCGAAUCCUUUCGGGCCAUCUGCGCGGCGCUUCGGAGGCCGACCUGUCCGCUAGCCAGUGCCGAGGGCGAGCAGCCGCGACGCCACCAGGAUCUCAGUCGGGCACCUUCCCCAAGAGACGGCAAGAAGUUUUUAAGUGGAAUGGAUGGGGAUACAAUGACUCAAAAUUCAUUUUCAAUAAGAAGGGGCAAGGAGAAUUCACCGGAAAAAGGUACCGAAUAGGCGGACUGAUAUUCCCACUUUUGAAAGAUUGGGUAGAGAAAAAUCUUGGUGCAAAUAUGGAACAUAAAACUACUCCUAAACCGUCCUUAAAUGUCAGCGAUAUACCUCCCUCCAUUGCAAGUGAAGAUUUCUCCAAGACCUCCAAAAUGCUAAAAUCUCAUUAUACACAGGAAGCGGAAUCUAGAUUUUUUAGAGCCCAUGGUCAUUGCCUACACGAGAUUUUUUUGCUCAGGGAAGGAAUGUUUAAGCGGGUUCCUGAUGUAGUGGUAUGGCCAGAAUGCCAUGAUGAUGUAGUUAAAAUUGUGGAAAUAGCCUGCAAGCAUAAUAUUUGUAUUAUACCUUAUGGUGGAGGCACAAACGUUACCAGUGCACUUGAGUGUCCUCCUGAUGAAAAAAGAACAAUUGUUUCACUAGACACUUCACAAAUGAACAGGAUUCACUGGAUAGAUGAGAAAAAUUUAACUGCUCAUGUUGAUGCUGGCAUUGUUGGCCAAGACUUGGAGAAACAGCUUGGUGAAAGUGGUUACUGUACAGGCCAUGAACCAGACUCAAUGGAAUUUAGUACUCUUGGAGGAUGGGUAGCUACCCGAGCAUCAGGCAUGAAGAAAAAUAUUUAUGGAAAUAUUGAAGAUCUGGUGGUUCAUAUAAAAAUGGUAACACCCAAAGGGGUAAUCCAAAAAAGCUGUCAAGGACCACGCAUGUCAACAGGACCUGAUAUUCAUCAUUUCAUUUUAGGAUCUGAAGGAAUCCUUGGAGUGAUAACAGAAGUUACAAUAAAAAUUCGACCAGUCCCUGAAUACCAAAAGUAUGGCUCUGUAGUAUUUCCAAACUUUGAGAAAGGGGUGGCCUGUUUAAGAGAAGUAGCAAAACAGCGAUGUGCUCCUGCUUCCAUUCGCCUGAUGGACAAUGUACAGUUUCAGUUUGGUCAUGCUCUUAAACCACAGGUUGCAUCUAUUUUUACAUCACUAUUGGAUGGACUGAAAAAAUUUUACAUCACAAAGUUCAAAGGAUUUGAUCCCAAUGUAUUAUGUGUUGCUACGUUGGUCUUUGAGGGUAACAGAGAGAAAGUCCUCCAGCACGAAAAGCAAGUUUAUGAUAUUGCUGCAAAAUUUGGUGGUCUUGCAGCUGGAGAAGACAAUGGGCAGAGAGGCUAUAUGCUGACAUAUGUCAUUGCUUAUAUUAGGGACCUUGGCAUGGAUUAUUAUAUAAUAGGAGAAUCAUUCGAAACAUCUGUUCCUUGGGAUAGGGUUAUAGAUCUGUGCAAAAAUGUAAAGGAAAGAAUGACAAGAGAAUGCAAAGAAAAAGGUGUUCAGUUUCCACCAUUUACUACCUGUCGGGUGACACAGAUGUAUGAUGCCGGUGCAUGUGUCUACUUCUAUUUGGGCUUUAACUACAGAGGAAUUAGUGACCCUAUUCGGGUUUAUGAAGAAAUAGAGACAGCAGCUAGAGAUGAAAUCCUUGCUAAUGGAGGAAGUUUGUCACAUCAUCAUGGAGUGGGCAAGUUACGAAAACGCUGGCUGAAAGAAUGUGUAUCCGAUGUUGGCUUUGGGAUGCUGAAAUCCAUCAAACAAUUUGUGGACCCCAAUAACAUAUUUGGGAAUGGAAGCCUUUUAUAACCUUGUUACUCACCACACUGAAGUACCGGAAAGAAUAAUAUUUGACUCUCAUAGCUUUUCCCAGUAUCCAAAAAUAGCAUGGACUUAGUUUCAAAAGCUUUUCCUUCCCUGCAAAUUUUAUUUCUCCUUUCAAUUGCAGAGUGAAGACUGUUCAGAUGCAGUCAGUUCAGAGUAUAGUUAGAUCCAUGCAAUUGCUAACCUAUUUGGAUGGCUUUCCUGCUGUAGGUGCUGAAAUGUUUGAGAGUGAACCUGAUAGUGGUUGGAGACUUCCUUGAUAGAAAAGCACUUUGGGGAAGCAGAUGAAAAAUAGGCAAUAUAUUUAACUGAAAUACGAUUUUCUGUUGAACAGUUAAAGCGCAGAGAAGCAAUACCAAGCUGCAAUUGGAGGAAAAAAAGGUUGAUAUUUGGAUAGGAGACAAAACAUGUUUUCCUCUCUGAUACUAUUUUUAAAAAAUUAAAUGUUUUUAAAUCCUCUUAUCAACCUUACUGAGCCAGAAAAGUAAACCUUUCUUUCUCGAUAUUGGAAUUCAUUGUUACAUAAAAUGUCAAACUUCAUAAUCAGUCUUCAUUUACUUUAGUGGGCAACUUUUCCUAAGAAUAGAAUAAAAAUAGUGCUAUUAGUUCUAAUCUUCCAUUUGGGGGGGGGGGGGAUUUCAGCCUUUACAAAUCAAAGCAAUGUUUAAGUUGUUUACCCACAAAAACAAAAUACCAAGUUUCUAAAAGUAUCCGAGAGCAUUUAAAUUAAAUAUAUAAUGUAAUAUUUCACGGGAUAGUUAAAACCAUGCAAUGGGUCUAGAAUUUUAUUCUGUCAAUGAUAGAAUAGAAUCUCCUGAGCAAAAAUUCCUUUUGGCAGAAAAGCUGAGGGAAGGGAUAUUAUUUUAUGCUAAUCCAAGAGCUGCUCCUUAGAGUAAGUUAUUCUUACUAAGCAUGCCUAUAUCAAGAUCGCUUUAUUGGGACUAAACUGUUUACAUGUUACACCCAUCCAAAUCCAUUAUUGUGAAAGAAGGAGAUUUAAUCAGUUUCAUUGUAAAGAAGCAUAUAUAAACAAAAGUACUUGAAACAUUUUUUAGCUUUUAUUCUGCUUUGAUAACAAAAUUGAAGUUUAAUAUACAAAUUUAACUAUGUAGCUAAAGUCAGAAACAUGAGUGUUAUCUGGUCCAAGACAAAAAUCAACACUUGUUCAAAUCUUAAAGAUUGCUAUAGCAGAUGGCUUAAACAUACUUUUAGAAUAGGCAUAUACACAUUAUUAUGCUGUAAUACUGAUGGCGCAUUACCAUGAUUACAAAACAGGCAGCCAUUUUCUAAAUUUAAUCCACAGAAAUAAAAUUGUAUUCAAUAGAGAUUGGCUAUUUGGAUCACUCCAUCUAGUUGCCCGUUGGUCUCAGUUAAGAUGUAGUCAGCCAAAGAGAGAGGUGCUCAAAUACUCUGUGACUCCAUCUCGCUAAAGUCCCAUUUCUUCAGAGUAGACUCUAAUGAAGAUGCAGGGGGCUAUAGAGAAGGGAAGCACAAAACUGUUUGUCAGCAGAUGGAAUCCAAGUGGAUUCCAGUUAAAGACGGCCACAUAUGGGCAUUAAUUUUUACUUCUGGGUUAGGGUAAGGUAUCCUUACCAUUACUGGUUUAGUUUCUUACUCGUACGGGGAUACAUGGAGGAUUUGGAUUUUGUUUUUGUAGAGUACCAAAUAUAAACCAAAUGUAUGUUACAGGGAAUAAAGUUGCCUUUUUGAUAGAAUUAAAGCAGAAGUUUAAUUUCCUGGUUGUCUUCUCUUGUUGUGACCAAAUUUAUGCUAUCCCCCAAAUUUCUAGUCUCACUUAAGGUGCUCAAUUGGUUUAUUUUACUGGUGGGAUUUUCUUAAUCCUCUUUUUCCUUAGGUCGCACAGAAUUAUAUAUUUUGCAGAUAUGUUCCAUAUCUUUAUAGAUAAAAAGGAGUGUUGAAAUCAUGAAGUAUUAUCUUGUGUCAUGUGGGUACAGUCCUAUCAAAGUAAUUGUGAAGUCACAAAGGUGAACAGGCUUUUGGAGAAAGACACAAUGCAGAUAACUGUGAACAAUGUAAAUUGCUUUACUUAUGCCUAUUUUGCUAAACCUUUUUUAAUUGUUAAAUCGUUUGGAGUACUAGCAGGAGUUACUUGUAAAAUAUGCACUAGCUGAAUGCUAAUUUUGAAAAGUGAUGUUCAUUAAAAAAGAAUCAGAAAUACACCAAAUAAAGAAGCUGUUGCUUAUCUUUUCAAGGCAUACCGACAGACUUGUGAAAGCGAUAUAUUGGUAUAUGGCAUGUUUAAUUUUUCUCCACUGCUGCAUUGUAAUACCUUGCUGCCCUUUCAUGAGAAUCCAAUACGCAUAGAGUCAAAAUCAUUUAAGUUGCAAUACUUUUCACCACGUAUCCAAAUGUACACAACCAUGCAGGAGCCAAGAGGGUAAGGAAGCUCAGAAACCUCUUCCCUUAUGGAGCAAAACUGCUGGAGACAAACUAGAAGCCUGUGUGGUGCCCUGGCUUUUGAGGGUCUAAUCAUAGCAUGAGCACCUCCCAGCAGGUGCUCUUACCAAAUAAUGAAAAUGUUUUAAAUAAGACAAGAUGCUUAAUACAACAUUGUGAUAACUGGUCAGGACUGCUCAUGGAGAGGAUGAGUGAGCCUGGAAAAGUGCCUUGCUGCUUUCAGACUGGUUCUAGCCUUCUUACGGGCUUUUUCCAGACACUCUCAGUGAGGACUAUGGUAGGCCCUGUUGCAGACUGCACAGCAUGACUCUUCAAUAGGUUUCAAGGUAACUGAAGUUAUUAUGAAAAUUGCAAGAGAAAAAGUCCAUUUUGAUAAGCCAUAAGCAAGUUUUUGGGAGAUUCUGCCUGAAGUACCCUUGAACAUCAGUUUUACAGGAUCAGCUUAAUAUUAGUAAAAUGUUUUUGGUGCCACCCUGGUAGAACAAGUUUUCAGUCACAGUUGCCCACUGUUCACAGUUGCUUCCAAUUCAUAGCAAGUAAUGAGAUGUAAAGAAUGAGACAACUAUGUCCCCACACAGAUGAAGGACCUUGGAUCAAACUGUGAUUUCCCCCAUAUAGUGAGGCAAAUGGGGAGGCCUUUCAAAAGUAGAUUGUGAAAAAGAACAAGUAGCAGAAAAUGGGCAAGAGGGAAUCAACCUUUUGUGCCUGGAAUGUAACUGGUUAGAUCUGGUUUUCUUAAAGAUGUGCAGGAGAGAGCUUGAAAUUCAACAUUGGAAACCGGAGUAUUGGUGUUUAGAUCUUUCAAUGGCACAUGUUUGUGCACCAUUUCAGAAACAUAUGUUGAAUUUAAGGAGAAGAAUAGAGUUGUGUUGUUUUCAGUUUAGAAAACCAGUUAAUUUAGGAGUCACUUUAUACUAAACGUGCCUAUAUUAGGAACUAGAUUGUUACGUUAAAUGUAUCUCUCUAUUUGCCUUAUGGUGGUGGAUUUUUAUGUAGCAGUAGGGUGAUUAGUUUGGGUCUGGAUCAUGGCGUAAAUGGGAGAAAAGCGGAGGGGGGGGGGUUCAGCCAACCUUAAUUCAGAUUAAAGCUUCAAGUGGGGUUCCAAUAAAAAA